AUGGACCAUAUAAUGAUGCAAUCUAAAAAGUUGUUCGAUCCAUGUGAUCAAGACAUCAAGAUAAAAGGAUAUCUGAUAACUCGUGAUCUCCAAACCAUUUGUCCGCAGCUUGACGAUGAGGAAAUAAAUUUUAUAUUCACAACACUAGAUUUAGAUAAGUCGAAACGUAUUAAUCGUGCAGAGUUUUUGGAUGGCUUUCAAAACGCUCUCUGUCACGGAGAAAAUCGUGGUCCUCUCUCCCUGUAUAUCUUUUGUGUUAUGUUUUAA